AUGGAUGACUCGUAUUUAGACGUCACAGCCGACUAUGUAGACGAGUGUAAAAUAACGCAAAUGAAUUAUCAUUCAUUCACUCCGUACUCAAACAUGUCUUUAUCAAAUAACGAUGAAAUCAGGAUAAGUGUUUUGAAUAUGGACUCGUACACUUUACCGUGCGAAAGCUAUAUUUACAUCGAGGGUAAAGUGAACAAACCUGCCGAUGCUGUUGGAGAAGUACGUUUUUCAAAUAAUGGAUUGGCAUUUUUAUUCUCUGAAAUGCGAUAUGAAAUAAACGGAAUAGAAAUACAGAAAUUAAAAUUACCUGGAGUUUCGUCUUGUUUGAAAGCAUACUGUUCAUAUACUCCAAACGACUUGAAUGCACUAGAAAACGCGGCCUGGGAUUCAGCGAUGGAUAGCGAAGACAAUAAAAAUUUUAUGUCCAACGAUGUAUUUACCGGGUGUAUACCUCUAAAACAUUUAUUCGGAUUUUGUGAAGACUAUAAAAAAAUAUUACUUAAUUGUAAUCAGCAACUGAUUUUAAAUCGCGCAUCUAGCGAUCUUGAUGCGAUACACGUUGUUGGUGAGGGUGCUACUGCAACCGUUGAUAAAAAUAAAAAAAUUAAAAUUGAACUUACUAAGGUGACUUGGAAGAUGCCUAUUAUCAAAGUCAGUGAUAAAGAAAAAUUAAGACUGAUAAAAGUAAUGGAUUCACAUAGAACACUAUCGUGUGCGUUCAGAACUUGGGACCUGUGCGAAUAUCCGAUACUUCCUAGAAAUACUUCUCAUUCGUGGACGGUAAAGUCUAGUAGCCUGCUAGAAAAACCGAGAUUUGUACUGUUUGGGUUACAAACAGAUCGAAAAAAAAAAUAUUGA